CUGGGCAAUGAAGGGUCUGGUACGGUGCUGCUGGGUUCCGGGGUUGGCCCGCGGCGUGGCGGGCGGGAGGCCGUGUUUACUGUGGCGGGCGCAGGCCGACCUUGGCGGGUUCUCCGGAGGUGAGCGCGGCCGAGACGCCCGAGUUCGCGAGAAGCCGCCCUGGCGGGUGCUUUUCUUCGGCACAGACCAGUUCGCCCGGGAGGCGCUGCAGGCACUGCACGCUGCCAGAGAUAACAAAGAGGAAGAGUUAAUUGAAAAAUUGGAGGUGGUAACUGUGCCUUCGCCAUCCCCGAAAGGACUACCAGUGAAGCAAUACGCCGUGCAGUCUCAGCUUCCGGUGCACGAGUGGCCAGACGUGGGGUCUGGAGAGUAUGAUGUUGGAGUAGUGGCUUCCUUUGGCCGACUUUUGAGUGAGGCUCUUAUUCUUAAAUUUCCCUAUGGCAUAUUGAAUGUCCAUCCGAGUUGCCUCCCGAGGUGGCGGGGUCCAGCCCCCAUAAUCCAUACAGUGCUUCAUGGAGACCCCGUUACUGGAGUAACGAUUAUGCAAAUUAGACCUAAAAGAUUUGAUGUAGGCCCAAUUCUCAAUCAAGAGACCAUCCUUGUGCCACCAAAGAGCACCGCAAAGGAAUUAGAAGCAGUAUUAUCAAGACUGGGUGCCAACAUGCUUAUUUCAGUUUUGAAAAAUUUGCCUGACAGUCUGAAGAAUGGAAGGCAGCAGCCAACCGAAGGGAUGACCUAUGCCCCUAAGAUUUCUGCAGGUAUCAGCUGUGUAAAAUGGGAGGAACAAACUUCAGAGCAAAUACUCAGACUUUAUCGUGCCAUUGGAAACAUAAUUCCAUUGCAGACACUCUGGAUGGAGAGUACCAUUAAACUCCUGGAUUUGGUAGAAGUUAAUGAUUCAGUCCUUGAAGGUCUAAAAUUAACAGGACAGACUGCUAUUCCAGGAUCAGUAGUGUACCAUAAGCAGUCACAGAUACUGCUGGUAUAUUGCAAGGAUGGCUGGAUUGGUGUUCGGUCAUUAAUGCUUAAAAAAACACUAACAGCUACUGAUUUCUACAAUGGAUACUUGCACCCGUGGCACCAGAAAAAUUCCCACGCUCAACCAAGCCAGUGCCGAUUUCAGACUCUCAGACUUCCAACAAAGAAGCAGAAAAAGAUUGUUGCUAUGCAACAGUGUGUUAAGUAGUUAGGAAGAAGAUGGACAAGAACCUGUUACAUAUCUUUAAUUUAUUGAAAGCCUUAUUCAUAAGGAAUUGCCUUGACUUUCAAAGAAGAUGAUACUGGAGGAAGAAAGGAUUAUUAUCAAGAAGAUGGAUUGCUUC